AUGGAUAUUGGAAGGAUGAAUACUCAGAAAUACAAUUUUAGAUGUCUUGAUCCCAUGGAAUUAAGGAAGCUAGCAUCUUUUGUGGAUGAUCCGAAGGGUUUCAGAGACCGUUUUGGAAGACUUUUAUUUGUGCUAUCUACUGAUGUUGAGGAUUGUCUUCUCUGUACUUUGGUUCAGUUCUAUGAUCCUAUCUACCGGUGUUUCACUUUCCUUGAUUAUCAGUUGUUUCCUAUCAUGGAGGAGUAUGCUUAUCUUUUGGGUAUACCAAUUUCUGAUAGAGUUCCUUUUAAUGGUGUGGAAGGAAUUCUUGAAUCUCGGGUUAUUGCUGAAGCCAUUCAUCUGAGGAAGUCUGACAUAGAUGUCAAUCUCACUGCCGAAGGAGGUAUCAGAGGGUUGACUUUGAAGUUUCUAUUGGAAAAAGCCUUUUAUUUUUCCAAUGCUAAUGUCAUAGUCACCUUUGAAACUAUUCUUGCCUUACUCAUCUAUGGUUUAGUCUUGUUUCCUAACAUUGAUAAUUUUUUUGAUGUUAAUGAUAUAAGGAUCUUCUUGAUUAGGAAUCUGGUUCCAAUUCUGCUCUGUGAUACUUAUUUCUCCAUUCAUCAUAGGACUUCUAAAGGGGGUGGGACUAUUUUUUGUUGCGCACCUUUACUGUACAAGUGGUUUAUUUCACACUUGCCGCAGUCUCAUAUCUUACAAGAAAACAAGAGUUGUUUAAGGUGGUAUCAAAGACUCAUGUCUCUCACCAAUGAUGACAUUACUUGGUACUCUUCUGUUUAUCACGAUGUUUAG